UUCUUUUUAGUUUGGUCAUCCAUCGUUACUCGAGUUGAGUCCAUUUCCUUGUGCAGGUGGAGGCUAUCUGGGAUAUCGCCGCAACGCAAUGGCCAGCAGAGACACCGUGAAAAGGGCGGAGCAGCUGGUAGAGACAUCAAUGAAAGGGAACGAUGCCUCCCAUGAUGCCUUGCACGUGUGGAGGGUCAGAGACCUUGCCCUUUCCCUCGCACGAGAGGAAGGCCUCUCCUCCAACCCCGACUCCAUGGAAAUCGUGGAGCUAGCUGCACUUCUUCACGAUAUAGGUGAUUACAAAUACUUGAGGGAUCCAUCUGAGGAGAAGCUUGUUGAGAAUUUUCUUGAGGAAGAGGGCAUAGCUGAGAGCAAAAAGAUAAAGAUAUUAAGCAUCAUAGAGGGAUUGGGUUUUAAAGACGAACUUGCAGGAGGAGGAAACCAGGAAUUUCCACCUGAAUUCGGGGUUGUACAAGAUGCUGAUCGUCUUGAUGCAAUCGGUGCCAUAGGAAUUGCUCGCUGCUUUACUUUCGGUGGGAACAGAAACAGAGUACUCCACGAUCCUACCAUCCUGCCACGAUCUGACUUAUCCAAGGAACAAUACAUGAAGAAAGAGGAGCAGACUACCGUGAAUCAUUUCCACGAGAAGCUUCUUAAGUUGAAGGAUUUGAUGAAAACUAAGGUACUCCUAUGUGCAAUUCAAUUCCAUAUAGCUGUAACCAUUAUUAGUGUCUAUUGCGCUAUUGAGUUUGGUAACCGUGGAAAUUUCAGGCAGGGCAAAGAAGGGCCGAGAAAAGGCAUAAGUUCAUGGAGGAAUUCCUAAAAGAGUUUUACGAGGAGUGGGAUGGGAAGGCCUGAAUGACUUUGAUUGUGUGAGUUCCUACAUUGGCAUGAUGUAUCAUAAUAAACAGGUCGGUGGCUCAGUUACUUCCCGUGAACUAUUUCUUUAUUUUCUACGUUUAAAUCAUGUCGAAUUGUGAUCUAUACCUGGAUUAAGAUUGUGUUAAUCGUGAUCUAUGCCUGCAUUAAGAUUGAAGCUGGUUUGGUGAA